AAGACUAAAGGAUGUCUUAAGGGGACGGUGCUUUCUGUAUAAUGGCUGUAUUUUCAGCUGCUCAAUCCGGUGUGUAUUGAGCCAUACAUCAAGCGCCCUCUUGAGUCUGACCCGCCCAGUGAACGGAAGGCAGUCGUGUGGUUCGCGCAACUGAAGCCAGGCUGCCCAGGGAAGUGAGGAGGCUGCUAGGCUGAGAACAACGCCAUUUCAUUGCUAAGGAAACAGUCCACUCUAACCAGAGAAUGGCGUUGGAUAUCUACGACUCUCAGUACCUGCUCAUCUUGGUGCCAUUACUUGUGGUCGCCCUCCUCUUUCUCUCCUUCAUGCUCUUCACGAAGGAAACAUCCUACGAUGAGGUGCUGGCCCGGCAGAAACGCGACCUCAAGCUUCCGCCGUCUAAGCCAGACACCCGCAAAAGGAACGAAAAGAAGAAGAGUAAGAAGAAGGAAAGUGCCAGUGUGGCUGGAGGAGGGGGUGGAGGUGGUGGCGGCAGUGGAGGAGGGGAGUCAGAAGAAGACCUGGGGGACUUUGAGGUGACUGAUGCCGCCCGCAACUCCACGCCAGAGAUGGUCGAGGAGCCAAAGGCUGUAGUAGCUCCCGAUCCACCUGCAUCAUCUCCCCAUGUGCCUGUUCCAGCUUCAACAGAGGCUUCUGUUGGUUUGAGGGAGAGGAAGAAAAAGGAGAAAAAAACAGCAAAAGCUGCUGCGGCUGUCGCCGCCGCAACCACCGCCACUGCUGUAGUAGAUGCAGCAACAUCUCCCCCACCCGAAGAGCCGGAAGUAAACAGCUCCAAGCUGGUCAGCAAGAAGACAGAGCCACCUGUAGUUGCCAACAAGCAGCCCAGCCCGACCUCACCACAGCCUGAGGUUCUGGUUCAAGUUACCCAGGCUGCUCCUGUGGGUCAGACACCUCCACAGGCCUCUAAGAAAGAGAAGAAGAAGAAGCAAAAGUUGGAGGCAGUGAAUGACCAGCCACCAGAGCUCAAAGUGGAGCAGGCUCCGAUCCCGGCCAAGAAGGAAGCACCUCUUGUAGCUGAAAUCAAAGUUUUGGACAAUGCUGCUCCAGCAGCUCCAAGUGCAACUGGUGGGAAGAAGAAGAACGCCAAGAAGCAGAAGACAGAGCCCGCUGAGAUUGACUCAGCAGCUUCUGCCAACCACCAGGCAGCCCACAAUAAUGAUGUACCUUCCAAAGGAAGUGGAAAGAAACAGAAAAAUGAGGCAGAUAAAGAAAACACGGAGGCGAAGCUGAAGGAACUGCUCUCAUCUCUGUCCACCAUCACCUUGUCAGACGCUCAGGCCGUCUGCUUGAUUGCUGUCCUUCAAGAGAAGAGCCCCAGUGCUUUGGACGCCUGGCACAAAUCUGCUGGUAAAUCUGAUCCGGCUGCUCAGGAACGAGGGCGUCUCAUAACUACUCUUGAAGAAGAAGCUUCCAUCGCCAAGGAUAAAGUCAAGCAACUCAGCCAGGAGCUGCAGGUUGAGAAGCAAAAGACGGCCCGAGUGGAAGCCAUGUUGAGAGAGCAAUGUGCAGCAAUGGAGAAAGAACUGGGCAGCAUGCAGGCCAAAGCUCAAGGAAGCUACCAGGAGCUCCAGAACAUGCAGAUAAAGUUUCAGCAGCUGAGGGAGCAGCUGGAGAGUCAGAUCACUCGGCUGCAGCAGGAGAACGGCAUCCUGAGGGAUGCAGUCAGCUCAGCCUCCAACCAGAUGGAGAGCAAGAAUUCCGCCGAGAUGAACAAACUGCGUUCUGAGUACGCAGCGCUGAUGAAAGAGUUGGCGGACAACAACAGCAAACUGCAGCAGGAGGAGCACCAGAGGAAGUCGCUAGAGGUCAGCUACAAGCAGAACGUGUCUCAGCUGGAGGUUCAACUACAAGAUGCUAAGCGACGCUGGGAAGAACUGCAAAACUUCCUCCAUAGUGUCAACACAGACCGGGAAAAACUUCAGGCCUCUAAGCAAGAGCUUCAUAGUCAGCUGAUGACAGUGGAGAGUGAGAUGAACAACAAGAAUAAGGAGCUUCAGACCCUCCACAGCAGCCUGACUGAAGCCAUGGUGUCCAAGGAGCGGCUGGAGCAGAGAGUGAUGGAGCUGCUGGAGGUGUCCCAACAUAGUAUUCCUGAUGACUCUUUGCAGGCUCGUGCUCAGGAUCUCAUGAAUGAAAAUAAAAGUCUUCAGGCCCAAAAUGAUGCACUGCAAGCACAAAGUGAGAACCUGCAGGCCCAGAUCUCUACACAGGCCAGCCAUGUCUCCCAUAUUGAGGAGCUACAGAAGCUAUUGGCUGAAAAGGAGUUGCAGAGAAAGAGCCUGGAGGAUUCUUUGAAUGCUGAAAGGAGCAGCGGAGCCAGUAGAGAAACAAACAUGCAGGCUUUGCACAAUGACAACAUGUCAAUGAAGGCAGAGAUCCAGAAUCUGCGGGCACAGAUUUCGGAUCAGACUGCCUCUCAGCUUGCUUUGGACCAGAUCCAGAGAAGUGUACAAGAAAAGGAGGAGAACAUGAAAACUGUGGAGAGCCUGCUGGAGAAGGGGCUGAUUGAAGUAGCCAACAAGGAAGAUGAGUUAAAGGCUGUGAGAGAAGAGAAUGAGGUGCUGAAGCAAGAAUUGGUUUCCCUUCAGGGAAAGAUGGCACAUCAGGUAACGUCAGAGUCGCUUGUGCAGGAACUGCAUAGCAAGAUCCAAGAGAGGGAUUUGAAGCUGAAGUCAACAGAGGACAUUCUGCAGGCAGCCCAAGACAGCUUGUCAGCCAAAGCAAAAGCAGUGGAGGGUCUAGAGCAGCAGGUUGCCACCCUGCAGGCAGAGAUGGAACAUCUUAGACAGAAGGAGCCAUCGGAAGAUCUCAUCAGAUCGGGUACCCAGCUUCUAGAACUCCAAUCUCAACUCGCUGUGAAAGACCAGGAGAUGAAAUUGAUGCAGAUUGAGAUGAGAGACACGAUUGAGCGGGCACAGCAACAGUCAUCUGUCACUGCGGUGCCAAGCACAGAACUCGUUACAGCGUUGUCUGAAAAGGAGAAGCAGGUGUUCGAUCUGCAGAGUGAGCUGUCUGAGCUGAAGGAAUCUCUGGAGCUUCACAGAAAGAAGAACAAUGAGCUCCGGGAGAAAAACUGGAGUGCAAUGGAAGCUCUGUCAGCCACCGAGUCCAUGCUUCAAGGAAAACUCAGCAAAGCUGUCAAGGAGAACCAGGCGACACUGGCAAUGUCUGAAGCUGAGUGCCGCAAUUUUCUUCACAGGCUUCUGCCCCAUGUGCCUCUGCCCAAUGAGCAGAAUCAUCAGGAGUGGCUCUGCAGUUUUGAGAGAAACGUCAAUGAAAGUUCAGCUGCACAAUCUGCCCCUGCAUCAGGGAACUGUGAGGAUCUGUCUGAGAAGUUAAAAGAAGCAGAAGAAGCCCAAAGGAUUCUACAGGUAGACUGUGAGACGUACAAGAAGGUUUUGGCGGAGACGGAGGGCAUCCUGCAGCGCCUCCAGAGCAGCGUGGAGCAGGAAGAGUCCAGAUGGAAAGUGAAGGUGGAAUUGUCGCAGGCUGAGCUCAGGGAGAUGAGCCAGAAAGUCACAACUCUUGAGCAGGAAAUUGAGCGACUAAAUGAUGGAGCUGAGUUGGAAAAUCUGAGAAGAGAAAAGCAGCACUUGGAGUCUGAGCUGGAGAGGGCAGAGCGGGAGAGCGCCACAUAUGUGACUGAGGUCCGAGAGCUCAAAGAUCUGUUGACUGAAUUGCAGACCAGGCUUGAUGGCUCAUAUACAGAAGCUAUCAGGCAGAAUGAGGAGCUGAAUUUGCUAAAAACCCAGCUUACCGAGACCCUGUCCAAGCUGGAAGCAGAAGAGAGUGAGAGGCAGCAAGUGGCUGGUGAUCUUUAUAAGGCCCAGCAGUCUCUGGACCUGAUCCAGGGGGAGCUCUCCAAAGCGGACAGUGCUGAUGACCUCAUAGAGAACAGUAGUCUGUCAUCACAAAAAGAAGCAAUAGACAGAAAGGAGAAGAUGACUGCAGGACUUAACCAGACAGUCCGGGAACUGCAGCAGCUGCUACAAGGUGUCAGCCGACAACUCACCAAGGACUCGGAGGCUGAUCUGUCUAAGGUAUAGCGAAAAAGAGGAGAGAGGCCCACGCACCUAUCCUGACUACACUACACGGACAUCAGCACCACCGAUACACACUCCAUCAAACAAGGGAAGACGUAGAGGUUUACACUCCAAACACUUUCACUCCACCCCACCCCCACCCCCUCACAUUCCCCUUCAGCAGCAGAAUUGCAAGUUGAUUUUAUUCUAAUCUUAACUGCAUCCAGCAUAAUCGGUUCAAUCUGUGUGGCAACCAUUCCUCAUGUAUUUUUUUUUUUUUUCGUGAUAUCCUUCUAAAUACUGCAGUAGUUUAGCUGUCGCAACAGGACGGCGAUAAAAAGAGAUGUCGACUCAGCAGAACUUUUCUUUCGUUAUCUUAAAUUAAGGAAUAUGUAUUGUUUUAAUGUACGGGCUGAGUUAUGUCACAUUGAUCUGUUUGCCUCCCUCCCUGCCGCUCAGAAAUACAUAAAUGCAUCUCUUUUUCCAUAUCUUUACUCAUUUGGUGGGAGAUUUAGAAAAGUGGCUACACGAGUGUUACUAUGAAGACAGGGAACGUUUGGAGGGUCAACAGUGUAGAGGUUUUAAUUCUACUGUAACAACGCUAGGAAAAGGUGUCCCAUAUCAUCGGUAAUCAACACUUGCUUUAUUGUUGCUGAGCUCAUUAACACUGAAGUUUGUUCUUUUUGUAACAGGUGAUGUUAAUAAAAGGGAUGCUUGAUAAAUCUG